AUGAGUCAGCAACUGGAAGUUAUCUUGUAUGGUCUAGGAGCCAUCGGUUCCUUUUACGCUUUCAUUCUCAGUCGUUGCAAAGGCGUACGGCUAACAGUAGUUGCUCGGUCGAAUUUCGAUGCGGUCUCCGUAAAUGGCCUGAAGAUCAUUAGUCAGAACCACGGCGAGCAUGUUGUCAGACCAUACAAAGUUGUUAGGACGCCUGCCGAAGCCGACCUGAAAUUUGAUUACAUUGUCCGUGCGCACAAAGCGAUAGAUCAGGAUACAGUUCCUGAGCAGUUGAAGCCAGUAGUUGCAGAGAAAACGACAAUCGUUUUGAUUCAGAAUGGUGUUGGAAACGAGGAUCCUUUUAGAGCGGCUUUUCCUCAAUGCACAAUACUUUCGUGUGUGACAUGGGUGGGUGCAAUUCAACAUAGUCCUGGCAUAAUCAACCACACUAAGAGUGAAGAUAUGCAGAUAGGCCUGUUCCCAAGCCCGGACAUAGACCACACAAUCGAGAAGCAGAAGCUAGAUGGAUUCGUGUCUUUGUUAACAGAAGGUCAAACUGUGUUUCAAGUGGUCGAGAACAUUCAAAUCCAGCGCUGGGAAAAAGUUGUCUGGAACGCAGCAUGGAAUUCUAUCACAACGCUAACAAUGCUCGACACUCAAAUGUGGCUAAAAUCUUCUUCAAAUGCAAUGCCGAUGACCAGGAGGUUAAUGGCCGAGGUGAUUGACGUCGCUCAGAAGUGUGGAGUGCCCAUCGAGUAUGAACUUAUCGAUCGACUCAUCGACAAGAUCCUGGAUAUGCCAGGGAUUGGUAGCAGCAUGCGAACGGACUGUAAGAACGGUAAACCGCUUGAGCUAGAAGUUAUACUGGGUACACCAGUCAGAAAAGGUCGUGAACACAACGUCAGUAUUCCGACACUGGAGGCAAUAUAUACUUUGCUGCUCGGUGUCAACCGUAGGCUGGAAAGUGCAAGGUCUGCCAGUCCUUGA